UCAUACGACGUGAGCUGUCAGCUGUAGUAAUUUUUGUUUCUUUGUGUUUAUUACGCCUCUAAAAAUGUUAUGAUCAUUACGUAUACGCGAAUAUGGGUGCAAAAGACUCAAAACCUACUUUUAUAUCCUAUGAAGAUGCAGUGAAGCGAGUGUCUGAUAGUGAAUUGAGACGGAUUCGCGAGGCGUUCAAGAGGUGCGCUGGAGUUAACGGCACGUCCUUGAGUUUGGAGGCGUUCGUCCAUGAAGUGCUGUGUGACGGAGUGCCGUAUGAGGUCGCUGAGUGGCUGUACCAGGCCUGCGGCGGCACCAAGCGGGGCAUCGCCUUCAGGGAGCUGCUGUGCGGGAUAGUAGUGUUGACCAAAGGGAACCUCGAAGAGAAAAUUAAGUUUCUAUGGACGCUGUAUGUGAAUAACCAAGGCGACAAUGGAGUGUACAUUUACAAGAGGGAUUUUGCGCGAUCACUGCACUUGGAGAACACAUCUCUGCCAGUGACAGGGGCCCAGCGAUCGGCAGAAGUGUUGCUCAGUCUGUUUGGUCCUGGCGAGAAGGUUACGUUUGAGCAGUUCAGAUCAUGGCUGCUCAUACACAAGGACGCAACAGUGCUGUCCCGAUGGCUCUUAUCUGGUGGAGGGCAUGUGAUCCAAGAUUUGGAGACACCCACAUUUUACCAGAGUUUGGCUGGAGUGACACAUCUAGAGGAAAGGGACAUAAUCGAGCUAGAGAAAUGCUUCUGGUCGCUCCGCAACGCCGCGCCGAGCGGGCAGCUAGACGCAGCCAGCCUGACGGCCUUGCUGUCGCCGCCGCUGCCGCGCGCCGCUGUCGACGGCGCCGUGCUGGCGCUAGAUGAGAACCGCGAUGGACACGUGGACUUCAAGGAGCUGUGCUGCGGGCUCAGCGCUGCCUGCCGCGGGCCAAGAACCGAGCGGCUCAAGUUCUGCUUCAAGAUCUUCGACAUGGACCGGGACGGGGUCCUGAACAAGAAGGAGCUGGUGGACAUGGUGGGCAUCCUCUGCACCGUCGCCAACGAAGCCCUCAAGCAGCAAGGCUCAAGAGCGUCUACCCCCGACACCAACGAUUCCGAGCAAGCAGACAAGGGUUUCGACCCAGAAGUGGUGCUGGUGAACCUUAAGGGCAAGCUGGUUCCCGCACCUAAGAAGGCCAUGUUCCAUCUCGGGCCCAAGGCAGAUGAAGAAAAUAUCGUCACUCUGAACGAGCAGGAGUCAGAGAGCGAGGGUCUGAUCAGCAACGACGUGGCGCUCACUCAAGAAGACUUCCUGAUUUGGAGCGUGGAGAGUGCUGAUACGCUCGUCACUCCCUUCCUGGAGCUUCUGUUCGAGGUGUGCCACAUAGUGCUGGGGCUUCGACCGCAGUGCAAGCACCAGGAGAGGGACAUCGUGCUGGGAUGGCUCCGGCGGGAAGUCCAGCGGGGAUACUCGGUGGGGCAAUUCUGGUACCUGGUGGGCGCCGAGUGGUGGAGCGCGUGGCUGGCGCACACAGCCGGCGGCGCCGAGGGCUGCUGCCGCGCCGCGCCGCGCCAGCUCGACGAGGCCAUCGUGUGCGACGAGAGCUUCACCAGCAACUCCACGGGUACCAGGUUCCGCGAAAACGGGCCACCGACCACCAUCGCAUGCCAACGUCCUUUGGUCCGGACACUGACGGGCGAGGGUGGUCACUUGCGACGUGACGUGACGCUGGCGCAGCACCGCGACUUCGAGCUCGUGCCCGACGCGCUGUGGCGUGCGCUCGCGCUGUGGUACGGCGGGCCCGACCCGCUGCCGAGACAGGUCAUAAGGCCACCGAAUUCAGACGUUGAACUUGAGCUAUAUCCUCUGCAACUGAAGAUUUUAAGGCACGUGCCGAAUACGCAAAGAGCGUUGAGCGUGGUGGGCACGGGCGGCGUGGCGGGCGGCGCCUACGCCGGCGUGGCGCCCGCCGCGCCCGAGCGGACGCUGGCCUACACCGCCGCCUUCUCCCGCCUGGCCACCGUCAAGCAGGUGAGCGAGUUCCUGUGCGCAGCGCUGGGGCUUGCUCGGGAAGACGUCCGCCUGUGGGCACUCGGAGCCAAUGCUGUGCUGCUGGACGACGAGCGGCCCGCGCUGCACGAGCUACGUCUUGACGCGCGCCGUCUGCUGCUCGAGCUGCGCAACCCCGACCUCACCUGGCCCGAGGAGAUUACGGCGCUCACGCCCCGCCGCCGCCGCCUGCCGCUCGAGCGGCGCAACCCCGACCUCACCUGGCCCGAGGAGAUCACGGCGCUCACGCCCCGCCGCCGCCGCCUGCCGCUCGAGCGGCGCAACCCCGACCUCACCUGGCCCGAGGAGAUCACGGCGCUCACUGGGUCCCGUGCGACGGAGAGACGCGAGACGCUGAUCGCGCCCAACUUGCCGGGCGCCACUGGUCUUCACAACCUCGGCAAUACCUGCUUCAUGAAUGCGGCGCUACAGUCGGUAUGGAACACGGGACCUCUCACACAGUACUUCAACUCUGGCAUGCACAUGUAUGAGUUGAAUACCGCUAAUCCCCUGGGGACUAAAGGAGCCCUCGCGUUGCGGUUCGGAGAGCUCUGCAAGGAGGUGUGGUCGUGCAGCGCGCGCUCGGUGGCGCCGCUGCGCGUGCGCUGGGUGGUGUCGCGGCACGCGCGCGCGCUGGCGGGCGGCGGCCAGCACGACGCGCAGGAGCUGCUGGCCUGGCUGCUGGACGCGCUGCACGAGGACCUCAACCGCGCCGCGCCCCCGCCCGCCUCACCCGCCCCCGCCGACUCCGACGGCCGCCCCGACCAGGUGGUGGCAGCAGAGUCAUGGGCGGCGUAUACGGCGCGCAACCAGUCAAUCCUAACGGAGCUGUUCUGUGGCCAACUCAAGUCCCGUGUCCGAUGCGUGACGUGCUCGCGCGACUCCGUGCGCUUCGACUCCUUCAACAUGCUCAGCCUGCCGCUGCCCAUGGAGUCCAUCGUGCGCGCCGAGGUGCGAGUGAUCCUGCUGGACGGCUCGGUGCCGGUGAAGUACGGCGUGCGCGUGCACUCGGAGGGCACGUACCUGGACCUCAAGCAGAAGCUGGCGAAACUGUGCGGGCUGGAGCCUGACUCGAUGCUGCUGGUGGAGCUGAGCGGCGCGACCAUCGGGCGUGUCCUGGAGGACGGCCACAAGGUGUGCCCCGCGCGGGCCAUGCAGCUGUAUGCCUACGAGCUGCCGCCGCCACUACCCGCGCCGCACCACGCGCCCUGCGUGCCCGGCUGGAGCGGCGCGGAGGCGGCGUGGGCGGAGGUGAGUGCGCCGCGCGGCCCCGCUUCCUCACUCUGCAUGCCCGCACUCUUCUGCUUCAAGAGAUCGCGCUCCGAGAUCCUCAUGUCGCAGAGUCCCCCUUCAGCCUUCUACAGCAGGCCCGACGCGGCCGACGGGCCCGAUGCGACCGACGGGCCUGAUGGGCCCGACGCCACGGAGGAGGCCUGUAGGGACCCGCGCAGUCGGACGCUACCUAGGGAGCUUCGGAGAGAAAUGGACAACGGCUCGCCCACGCUCAGCGUGCGGUCAUUGACGCUCAAGCCGGGCAGCCCAGCGCUGGGCAAGGCGCGCUUCGGCUCGUCGCCCUCGAACAUGUGUGGGCUGGACGCGCCGACCGGACACGUGCAGGUCGGACGGAUACAGUACCUGGUCGCAGUGCACAGGAAGCAGUGCCGCAUGGACGCGUACUUCCUGUCGUCGCAGCGCUGCAAGCCGGCGCUGUUCGGCGUGCCCCUCCUCGUCGGGCUGCGCGAGGGCAUGAGCGGCCGCGACAUCUACGCCGCCGUCUGGACGCAGGUCUCGAGGCUACUCAGCGCGAGGCCACCUACGCACGAAACGUCAAAUCAUGCCACUGAUUGCGACGACAGCCUGGGCUACGAGUUCCCGUUCACGCUGCGGCUGGUGAGCGGGCCUCUGGGCGCGUGGUGCGGCGCCUGCGCCUGGCCCGCGCUGUGCCGCGGCUGCGCGCUGCCCACGCACGCCGCGCCGCUCGUGCUGUGCUGCCGUGAGUACUGUGACGUCACCGCGGGCGCGUGGUGCGGCGCCUGCGCCUGGCCCGCGCUGUGCCGCGGCUGCGCGCUGCCCACGCACGCCGCGCCGCUCGUGCUGUGCUGCCGUGAGUACUGUGACGUCACCGCGGGCGCGUGGUGCGGCGCCUGCGCCUGGCCCGCGCUGUGCCGCGGCUGCGCGCUGCCCACGCACGCCGCGCCGCUCGUGCUGUGCUGCCGUGAGUACUGUGACGUCACCGCGGGCGCGUGGUGCGGCGCCUGCGCCUGGCCCGCGCUGUGCCGCGGCUGCGCGCUGCCCACGCACGCCGCGCCGCUCGUGCUGUGCUGCCGCGAGUGCGGUCGCGGGCGGCGGCCGAGCGCGGAGGCGGCGCAGAGCUCGCCCGCCGCCGCCGCCAAGCUGCAGCGACACGCCAGCGCGCGAUUCGCGCAUCAGGAUGAGUCCAACGACAUUGCGGAGAACGGCGUGAUCCAGCGGCUGGAAGUGAGUGGCGCGCGCCGCCGCUUAUUGCUGGCCAUCGACUGGGACCCCACCGCGCUACAUCUUCGCUACCAGAGCACGAGAGAGAAGGCGUGGAUCGAGCACCCGUCGGUGAGCGAGUGCGGCGCGGCGGCGGCGGCCGUGGACCUGGCCUCGUGCCUGCGAGCCUUCACCAGCGACGAGCGCCUCGAGCAGCCCUACCACUGCCUCGCCUGCCGCUCGCACCAGCCCGCCAGCAAGGCGCUGCAGCUGUGGCGCGCGCCGCCCGUGCUCAUAAUCCACCUAAAGCGGUUCCAGUACGUCAACAACAAAUGGAUCAAGUCCCAAAAGGUGGUGAACUUCCCGUUCGAAGACUUCGACCCGACUGAGUUUCUCGCGUCCGUGCCCAAGGAAACCAUCCUCAGGCAUAGAGAACUGACUGAGAGGAGAGCGUCGCUGUUUAUGGAUGUGGGGGAUGCGAUCACGGAGAGCGAGGAUAGUGAGGAUGGGGAUGACAAGGGGGAGGAGGCGAAGGAUGACAGCCAGCCGCCGAAGCAGAAGAGUAAGGCGCAGAUGGCAGCCAAGCGACGUGCCUCGCUAGAGCGCGGUCGGCGGGCUCGCCUGCAGUCGGCCAGUUUAGCGGUAGCGCCCGUGGCCGACGACGACCUGCAAGACUUCCACGCACACCGCCUGCAGCCCGGCACCGACCCCUUCCGCCUGCGCUACAACCUCUACGCCGUGGUGUCGCACUCGGGGCAACUAAGCGGCGGGCACUACGUGGCAUACGCACGCAACCCGUCGGGCGCCUGGCUGUGCUACAACGACAGCUCCUGCCGCGAGGUGGACCCGCGCCGCGCCAUCGACCCCGCCGCCGCCUACCUGCUGUUCUACGAGCGCCAGGGGCUCAGGUAGCGUGCUCGCACACAGUGACGUCACAGGCUGGC